AUGGGUCUGUUCUUCCGCAAGUCCUCCAAGCAGACCGGCAAGCUCAAGUCCCUUCUCAAGCUCGCCAUCUCACGUGUUGCCAUUGCACGCCGGCCACGCCUCGCUCGCAAGUCCAUUGCCUCCGGCGACGUCUGCCAGCUCCUUGCCCUCGGCCACAUCGACCGUGCUAUCCACCGGGCAGAGCAGGUGAUAAAGGAGGACAACAUGUUGGAGGCGUUGGGCACCGUAGAGGCCUACUGCAAGUGCCUCACCCAGAAAUCUGCGCAGCUUGACAAGCCCCAGGAGUGUAGCGAGGAGAUCAGGGAAGCGGCCGCCGGCGUCAUUUUUGCUGCCAAGUGGUGCAGCGACCUGCCGGAGCUGCAGCUUACCCGCGACAUCCUCGCAGACAAGUUCGGCAACGAUUUCGCCGCGCAGGCCAAAGAGGGCACCGCCUUUGUCGAUCCUACGCUGGUGUUGAAGCUGUCCGGAGACACGAUGAACAUGGAGCUGAAGAAGAAGGUGACCAAAGCAAUCGCCGUGGAGAACAACAUCUCGGUGGACUUCUCCUAG